CCUCACCGUCGUCUUCACCGUCUACUUUAAGAUCCUGCGUCAACUGCCCGCUCGGCGCUGAUGUCGUCAGUGCUGGAGGGACUGGCCAAGUUCGCUCACAUGAUCAACGUGGACUUUUUCCACGACCUGGUGGACAGUUUCCACGGCCUGCUGGCCUCGGGCACCCUGCAGACCACGCGUCAGGUGCUGCUCUGCGUGCAGACCGUGUUUGUCAUGCUCUCCGGACAGGGAGGAGAAGCCAUCAACAUCGACCCGCAGCGCUUCUACGGCCACUGCUACCGGGCCCUCAACGACGUCUGUCUAGAGGACACUAGUGACGAGUUCCGGAUCGCUCUCUCCUCCUGGACGUAA